UAUUUUCCAGCAAAGAUACAAUAAUUCAUGCUGUAAUGUGAUGAAAUAUACCAGCAAGACAUUUGAUUAACCUUUGAAAAUAGCCAGUUUCUUCAUUCAUGAAUUUCACAAAUAAUCAAGUGGAGUAUGUCAAUUCUUCAACUCUGUCCUGUUCAGGAGCAUCACCAACACCAGCUGAUGCGCCGUUGUACAUGACUGUAGCAGCAGUGAUUUCAGUGACAGUGUGUGGAAAUCUACUUGUCAUAGUCUCCAUCUGCCACUUCAAGCAGCUCCACACACCAACCAACUUCCUCCUCCUCUCUCUGGCUGUGGCAGACUUUCUUGUUGGCAUAGCUGUGAUGCCUUUCCACUUUGCUCUCUUGCUGAAUCCAAACUGGUGCUUUGGUGCAAUUUAUUGCAUCAUUUGCAACGUAGCGUCCUUUCACCUGACUUGCGUGUCAAUUUACAAUGUAGCCUUCAUCGCUGUGGACCGAUAUUUUGCUCUAAGCAACCCUUUUCUUUACUGCACUAAAAUGACAGCGAAUCUGACUUUGAGGAUACUGUCCAUUCUUUGGUUGUGUACAUUUAUCUACAAUGUAGUGCUUCUUUUUUCCAAUAUGACAGAAAAUAAUAAUUUUUCUGAGUGUAUUAUUUCAAUUAACAAAAUAUGGACUAUUUUUGACUUUAUAAUAGUAUUUAUUGUGCCCUGCAUGACAAUCAUAGUUAUGUACCUGAAAGUGUUUGCCAUUGCAAGAAGACACGCUAACAAGAUAAACUGCGCCAGACAACAGCAUUCAAAGGGUACGAAACUUAAAAAUUUUUCAAUGGCGUCAGAAAGGAAAGCAGCAAAAACACUUGGAAUUCUAGUGGCAGUGUUCCUGCUGUGUUUGAUUCCUUUCUACAUAAGUGCUUUCCUGAUUGUAUAUAUUAGGAAACCGUCCGUGUAUUAUGUGUUUAUGAAUACCACAACUCUUAUUUAUCUGAAUUCUACAAUCAAUCCUAUAAUUUAUGCUCUAUUUUAUCCAUGGUUUCAAAAGUCCAUUAAACUCAUUUUAACACUGAGAAUAUGUACCUCACAGUCUUCGUUAAUGAACGUGCUUGUAAAGGAAACGUAA